AUGGGCGGGAUGGGCAUCACCGUGGUCAAAGCCAUAUUGCAGUCAGGAGCUGACGUGGUUGCAAUUGAUCGCGAUGCGGAACCAAGUGCUUCUCACAAAGAAGAACUUCAACGAACUGCAGAGAGGAGUGGGACAAUAGUGGACUACUAUCAGUGCGACAUAUCGAAAUUAGAAUCUGCCUCCGCUGUCUUUGAGGUCGCGGUGUCCUCUGCUCGAUAUCCCCUACGAGGAUUGGUCAAUUGUGCCGCUAUCGGCUGGGUUGGACCGUCCAUUAGUUUUCCUGUGGACGAUGCGAAACGGAUCAUCGAGGUCAACCUCAUUGGAACAUUGAUAGGCGCACAAGCUGCUGCCCAGCUGGUCAAGAAACAUAACUUUUCUGCUAGUUUUGUUUUUAUUGCGAGCAUGAGUGGCUACGUCGUCAACAAGGGCACGCCCAAUGCAGCAUACGCCGCCUCCAAAGCGGGAGUGCACCAGCUCACGCGGAACCUGGCGUCAGAAUGGGGACAUUCGGAAGAUGGGCCCUCGAUACGAGUAAACUCGGUCAGCCCUGGCGUCAUCCGCACCCCGAUGACCGCGAGCGUCCUCUCCAAUGGCAACUUCGAACAGCUGUGGACCGAAGAGACCAUGCUGAAACGACUCUCCGCGCCUGAAGAUUACCGAGGACCCAUCGUCUUCCUCCUCUCUGAUGCCAGCUCAUAUGUGACGGGCGCAGAUCUGCUUGUCGACGGAGGAUAUACGGGCUGGUGA